AUGCGACCGCGCUCCCAAUAUUUGGCUGGCCACGCUGGCAAGCUGGCCACGCUGACUAUCUGCAGCAGCACCGAAGCAACUCACAACAUGCACGAACUCUUGAAAACACUGAACCACUGGCGGUGGCUGCAGCGCGCUGACGCGACAUUCUAUGCCGCGCGCAGUGCGGCGCUGACUCCCGCAAACGACAAACUUUCAAACAUUGGCCCAGCUACUUCACAAACUGAGGUUGAAAGCGGGAUAACUUCUUUGAAGCCGCCCCCUAGGAAAAAACGGCUGGACAACAAAAACUAGUGGCGGGCGGCGACUUAGCGGUCAGAAGGCACUGCGGCUCCGUGGCAGACUAACUGGGGCAUAGGAGGCGAACGCUGCGGCGGGCGGGGAGGCCCAGGAGGGGGAGAGACCACACUCAGAGCAAGUAGCACGUGGGCGGGUGCUGGUGGCGAGCAAGUUUGGGCGACAAAGAUAUUGGAGAGCGCGACGUGUCUGAGCGCUGCGCUAGUCCGCCAUCCCC